ACGAUUUUAAGGCUGCUGCAGCCACUCCACGCUUGAGGGGUCCAUCGAUUGGCGUUAGUGUUGGACCUGAUUUGAGCAACGUUGUGCCUUAUCUAAAUGGUCUUCUAAUUAAUAAAAUGGGAUCCAAAAUUCCUACUGGUUCGAAUCAAAAUGGAAAAAUUCAUUUAGCAGCCGAAUCAACAGCUAUCAAUUUUGAUAAUUCCAACAAUGUUGUUCCAUCCAUGGAAGUUGUCUUGGAGAAUUGGGAGAAAGAGGUCCAGGUUUUAAGGGGAUCGGGGUCCAAAGGAAUGUCUAUCAAAAGCGAAAGAAAUCUCAACAGAACCAUCAAGGGUCAUGGUGGUCAUUUCAAAGUUGCUGGAUAUCCAGAAGGAACCAAAAAUCCCAAAGUAGUGGAGAUCAAGAAAAGAACCAAUCAGGAACUAACCGAGGAAAAACCAAAGUAACGGAGUAAUCGUUGGUCUCGUGUGGAAUUGAUUUUAUCAAGGUUAGGUAUCUAUAUUUUUUACUAUCGACUCAACAUCCAAUGACAAUCCCAAACUCAAUGUUGGUGGCAUAUUUCUUUUUGUGUCUUGGCAUGUACCUAGGAUGAUAAUGUUUUUAGUUAUAUUUUUUUGGUUUAUAGAUUAAUCUAGUGAAUGCUACAUAUAUGGAAAGUGUCAUGUAAACUUUGAAUGAUGUUUAUUUUAAGGUAAAUUCUUGUAUAUAAGUGCUUUUUGUUGCAUAUGUAAUUAUUAUCUAUAAUAGUGAUCCUAAUGAAAUGGUUGAUUUUUGUA